AUGGCACUUGUAAAAUAUCAUGAAACACUUUAUGAAUCUCUAAACUGUGCUGAAGAUCAAGCAGUAAAGGAAAAACUUGAUAAAAUAAAAAAAAAUCUCAGUGAAGAAACAAUUCAGAAAGAUUGGAUAACAUGGACUGAAGAGAGAAAAGCUGUUGAGAUCUGUCAUUCAAUAAUUCAAACAAAUGCGAAUAUUCAAGGAAAAUUCAAUUCAUUAGUACAAAAGGAGAAAAGAAUUUCUGAUGAUGAGGGAGAAGAAUCUCAUGAUGAGGAGGAUGUGGAGGCAAAUUCAAUUAAAAAAAUUAAAUCAAUAGUAGCAGCAACAACACCCUCAUCAUCUCAAAUAGAAACAAGAACAAGAAUAACUGUUUUAGAAGAAGAUACUGCUGAAAAUGGUGUUGAUAGAAUUGAUCAGGUUUGUCAAAACUCCAAAAGAAUAAAAUUAAAUAAUGAAGAGAUAUGUACCUCUGACAUCAAUUAUUCAGCAGAUGAACCAGCAUAUUUUAGGAUCAUAGAUUUAAGUGGAGAAGACAUUGGGUUCAAAAAAAUAUUCACUGAAAUUGAAUGGUCUGAAAUAAUACAAGAUUUAAAAACAAUUGCUUUCAACCUUGAACGACUUCCAAAUUCAGUGAGUGAAGGAUAUUUCUCUAGUUCAUUCACAAAUAUGUUGACCAAAGGUAUCUUGACUUAUGCGCAUGGUUUAUCAUAUGAUGAAGGUGAGACACAAAGCUUAGCAUCAACAUUAGUAAAAAAUUUGGAUCAGGACCCCACUAGCAGAAGCAUCAUAGGUCAAGAAUGUGACUGUUGUGUUCAUAAGGGUGGUUUUGAAUAUGUAACUGGACUGAGGUCUGGAGGGCUACCUGAGGCAGCCAAAUCAAAAAAAUGGGGGGAUAAGGUUGACCUUGCUGUUACAAUGAGAGAUGUUUUACUAAAAGAAGGACUUGAAAACAAUGGAGUUGAUGCAGAGAACUUUAGGAAAAUUUUUACUCUGGGAAUGCAUAGUUAUGGAUACAAAUACAAUGUUUAUGGAAUUGACUGGAAAGCCAAGAACCUUUGGCAGUUUGGACUACUUCAAGAAACAAAUUUACCACAAAUUAUCAACCAAUUUCCAAUGAUUGAAAAGACCAUCACUUUGUUGUUGAGGGUUGAG